AUGGAUCAGCAAAGUCAAUCCGGGCCUCAAGGCCCUGGUGGCCGCAAGUUCCAUAUUGCUCACCGGAGAAGUCCAUCUGAGCUCACCCCUCUUAUGAUGGAACAACUGGCUAUUCAACAACAGAUUGAGUUGCUCCAGCAGCAACAGCAACAAAUUGCUGCGACACACCAACAAUACGUUAACAUGGGACUUUUACAGCCCCAACAAUUGGGCCAGGUGCCCUCAUUCCAACCCGGUGCUCAAAUGGGUGGUGUCUCCCCACAGCAAGUGAACGCUUUCCAAUUCCCACAAGGGGGACAGCAGCAACAGCUUGGAGUACAAAUGAACGCGCCCAACCAACACUCGCACCGCCGAAACCAGUCAGCCCUACCAGGCCUUCCCAUGGGCCCGCCCCCUGCUCCCUCUUCGGGUGCAUCGGGAUACGCUGAAUACAACCAGCAGGGUCAGAACACCAACCACAAGAAUGAGAACGCCGGACACGGUGGUCGUGGUCGUGGAGGUCCCCCUGGGGGUGGUCACCAGCGCCGCCACUCACUUGCUCUUCCCGAGGCCAAGAAGGCCGCCGAACUAGCUCAGCAGAAACGCACCGCUUCAGGAUUCCAGUUCCCAGCCCCUGCGCCUGGCGCAAGUGGCUCUGAUAACCAGUCCUCUUCAGAUGACAAGCCCGCGAACAGCGCCUCACCGGCGCCUCAAGGGCUCGGAUUCCAACGUGCCGGUAACAUGCGAGCGGGUGGCCACGGCCGCAGUCAAUCGAUGGCUAUUGGCGGCAACAACCGAGGUUCUUUAUCUGGUCGCGGUGCUGGUGGUUUCCAGUUCCCUCAGGCUAGUGAAGCACCUGCCGCUCAGACCGAUAACCAGCGCCGAGGCAGUCAAUCCGGUCAUGCUCGGUCGUCUUCGCGAAACUUCGAGGGCAACUGGCGCCAGCCGAACACUCAAGGUCAAGGCCAAGGUCAAGAUCAGCAGAGGCCCGGUCAGCAACAGAGUGGAUUCCAGCCUGGCCACCGCUCUCGCGGCUCGAUGAACCAGUCGAUGGGCUCAAUCGGCUCGUUCUCUUAUGGCGGAGGCCAGCCUCAGAUUGGCCAGCCUCAACUCAUUCAACUCCCCCAGGGCCAAGUCAUGAUGGCUCCUCAGAUGUUCAACAACCAGCAACUGAACCCCAUCCAGGUCGCGCAGCUUCAAGCGCUCCAGCAACAAAACGGCCAGGGUAUGGGUGGUCUUCAGGCAAGCCAACACGCCCCACCGCAGAUGUCUGUUCAGCAACAGCAGCAGCAGCAGCGGAAGACUCUUUUCACUCCUUAUCUUCCCCAGGCAAACCUCCCUGCGCUUCUUAGCAACGGACAAUUGGUCGCCGGUGUUCUCCGCGUCAACAAGAAGAACCGCUCCGACGCUUACGUGACCACUGAUGACUUGGACGCCGACAUCUUCAUUUGUGGAAGUAAGGAUCGCAACCGUGCCCUUGAGGGUGACUUUGUUGCCAUCGAACUUCUUGAUGUUGAUGAAGUGUGGUCUCAGAAGAAGGAGAAGGAGGAGAAGAAGAAGCGCAAGGACAUCACCGAUGCUCGUUCCAACAGCAACGCUGGAAACGACAAGCUUGGUCGCUCCGACUCCACUGGCGAUAGACAAGAAGUCGGUCCGGAUGGAAGCAUUCGGCGCCGUGGCAGUUUGCGCCAGCGUCCCACCCAGAAGAAGAACGACGACGUGGAGGUUGAAGGUCAGAGCCUUCUCUUGUGUGAAGAAGAUGAGAUCAGUGACGAGCAGAAGCCCCUGUACGCCGGUCACGUAGUUGCAGUCAUUGAGCGUGUUGCAGGUCAGAUGUUCUCAGGAACCCUGGGCCUCUUACGUCCCAGUAGCCAGGCUACGAAGGAGAAGCAAGAGGCCGAGCGGCAAGCCAGAGAUGGUGCCCAUGGCCGUUCUCACAAUGACCGUCACCAGGACAAGCCCAAGAUUGUCUGGUUCAAGCCUACCGACAAGCGUGUUCCUUUGAUUGCGAUCCCCACAGAGCAGGCUCCCCGUGACUUUGUUGAGAAGCACCAGGACUACGCCAACCGUAUCUUUGUUGCCUCUAUCAAAAGAUGGCCUAUCACUUCUCUGCACCCCUUCGGUACACUCGUCGAACAGCUUGGAGAAAUGGGUGACCUGCGCGUUGAAACAGACGCCUUGCUCCGUGACAACAACUUCGGUUCCGACGAUUUCUCUGAUGCUGUACUGAAGAGCAUCGGCUGGGAGGAUUGGUCUGUCUCUGCGGAGGGCGAUGCCCUUGCUUCCCGACAUGACUUCCGUGAAGAGACCAUCUUCACGAUUGACCCCGCCGAGAGCAAGUCCCUUGAAGAUGCAUUCCAUGUCAAGAAGCUUGAUGAUGGCAAGAUCGAGAUCGGUGUUCACGUUGCUGACAUCGCUCACUUCGUCAAGGGUAACUCCUUAGUGGACCGUGAAGCCAAGAAGCGCGGUACUGCUGUCUAUCUGGUUGAUCGUGUCAUGAACAUGCUGCCCACUCGUGUUUCAACUGAGCUCUGCUCUCUCGUUCCUGGUGAGGACCGUCUCACCGUCAGUGUCGUCUUCAAGGCCGACCCUACUACUGGCAUUGUGGAUGACGAUGUCUGGAUUGGUAAGGGUAUCAUCAAGAGCGCCGGUCGCCUCGACUACGAACAGGUCAACGCACUUGUCGGAGCUCAAGCCGAUGCCAACACCAGUGGUAUUCCUGCCGAUAACAUCCACUUGCUACACAACAUUGCUGGCAAAUUCCGUGAAGCACGUUUCGGUAACCGGGUCACCAACGUCCCUGUCCAACGUCUGCUUCAACAGCUUGAUGAUGAGAAUGUUCCGGUGGAGUACAACAUCUUUGAAUCAACCCCGGCGCAUGAGCUCGUUGAGGAACUCAGCCACCAGGCCAACUUCUUCGUUGCCCGCAAGCUCUUCAAUGCCAUGCCCGACAAGGCAUUCCUGCGUCGCCAGUUCUCACCCAACCCUCGUCGCCUCACUUUGUUCGUUGAGCGGAUGAACCGUCUUGGGUUUGAGAUUGACGCCAGCAGCAGCGGCAGCCUCCAAAGCUCCCUCUGCAAGGUCCAGGAUGUGGAUCUCCGCAAGGGUAUGGAAACCCUUAUCGCCAAGGCCAUGCAACGGGCCAAGUACUUCGUCAGCAGUGGUACUUCCGAUGAAAUGCGCCAGCAUUACAUGCUGAACGUGCCCGUCUACACUCACUUCACCAACCCCUCCCGGCGCUAUACCGAUGUUCUUGUGCACCGUCAAUUAGAGUCUGUGCUCUCCGAGGGUACGAUUGAGUUCACUGAUGAUGUUGAGUCCCUGGCCAAGACCGCCGACCUUUGCAACAACAAGAAGGACUCAGCACUCAAUGCCCAGGAGCAGAGCGUGCACAUUGAAGCUUGCCGUAACAUGGAUCGCAAGAGCCGCGGAAUUGGUGGCGAUCUCAUUAGCGAGGGUAUUGUGCUCUGCGUCUAUGAGUCCGCCUUUGAUGUGCUCAUUCCUGAGUACGGCUUUGAAAAGCGUGUACACUGUGACCAGCUCCCACUCAAGAAGGCCGAAUUCCGCAAGGACUCUCGUGUGCUUGAGCUCUACUGGGAGAAGGGUGUUCCAUCUUCUGCCUACAUCCCCGAAGACGAGCGUCCUAAGCCUGGUAACUCGCGUGCUGCACAGGCUGCUGCCGCUGCUCGCGAAGCCGAGGCUGCCCGUGAGCGUGCCCGUGAGCGUGACGAGGCCAUGCGCAAGCAGACCGAGACUGGCACAAUGUCCGCCGACGAUGUCGAUGCCCUCUUCGAUGAUGACGAGGACGUGGACGAUAUUACUGAGCUUGCAUCUGGUGUCUCGCUUAAUUCGAACGAUCGUUCUACCCAGAGCAUGCCACCCUCGCCCACCCGCAACGGUCACCAGCAGCAGGCACCCCACCGCACUCGUUCCGAUCCCAAGAUCGCCUCUGGUGCUGGAGAUGCGCCUGAGAACAAGUUGACCAACAAGGAGAAGUACUUGAGCUUGUUCAAGCUGCGCGAAGUGGAUGGAGAUCUUAUCCAGGAUGUCACCGAGAUGACCCGCGUUCCUAUUAUCUUGAAGACUGACUUGAGCAAGAGUCCUCCUUGCCUCACUGUCCGGUCUGUCAACCCCUACGCUCUGUAG